AUGUACUGCCAGCCAAACUGCAACAACUCUACGUCCAAAUUGAAAGAUGGAGUUACCAUGAGAGAAAAGAAGAGUGGUGCUUUAAGCAAAGUUCAAAAAAUUAAAAAACGCUUGAGCCAUAGUUUUGGCCGACUUUCUAUUUCUAAAGAAGAUCCUGAUCGUAAUAGAACAUCUCGGGAUGCACUGCCGAGUAAAUUGCAAUUCAAUGGUUAUUCUGAGGAAUACCUAGAUCGAAUUGAACCAAACGGAAACAUACCUUGUGCCAAUGAUGAACACUUGUCCAGAUACGACUGGAGUUCUGGUCUUGGUGAUCAAGAACGUGUUAAACGGCAGUUAUCCGUGUCGUCUGAUUCAAAGCUGUUGGACGAAGCUAUAUGUGAGGAGACACGUGUCAUACUAAGACCUAAGAAACCUCCUAGGCCUAAAUCUGAAGUGUUCCUAAACCAACCCAACCACAGACGAACCAAACGGUAUUCGGCAUUUGGGGGAGAUUCUCCAUUUGGAAAAUCAGAGGCGUACAUAAAAUUAGACCCGCUUGGUGAAGGUUCCUAUGCUACCGUGUUUAAGGGGUACAGUAAUUUGACCAAUCAAGUCGUUGCGUUAAAAGAGAUAAGACUACAGGAAGAGGAAGGUGCACCUUUCACGGCGAUCCGUGAAGCUUCGUUGUUGAAAGAACUGAAGCACAACAACGUGGUCACUCUACAUGACAUUGUGCAUACACGAGAAACACUUACAUUCGUUUUUGAAUACGUGCAUACCGAUUUGUCACAAUACAUGGAAAGACAUUCAGGAGGUCUUGACUAUUCAAAUGUACGAUUAUUCAUGUUUCAAUUAUUCAGAGGCUUAGCAUAUAUACAUCAACGCCGUGUGCUCCACAGAGAUGUCAAGCCUCAGAAUUUGCUCAUCAGCGAGAUAGGAGAACUUAAAUUAGCUGAUUUUGGAUUGGCUCGUGCUAAAUCAGUUCCAAGUCAUACAUACUCACAUGAAGUAGUGACACUGUGGUAUAGACCACCUGAUGUCUUGCUUGGGUCUACUGACUAUUCAACGUCCUUAGAUAUGUGGGGUGUUGGAUGCAUAUUCAUUGAGAUGAUUACUGGUGUGCCCACAUUCCCUGGAGUACGAGAUACAUAUGAUCAAUUGGAUAAAAUAUUUAAGAUUUUGGGUACGCCCACAGAAGAACAUUGGGAAGGUUGCACACAUCUAAAAGGUUACAAAGAAGGAAGAGGAAAAAUAUUUAUGUAUCCACAUCAAAAGCUUGGUCAUGUGUUCCCUAGGUUGUAUGACAUUGCCGAAGGCGAGAACUUGGCUACGUCAUUACUUCAACUUAAUCCAGAUUUGCGUAUCAAUGCUCCAUCUGGUCUUAGGCAUAAAUAUUUUCAAUCUCUUCCCAAAGCCAUAUAUGAUCUUCCAGAUGAGGUGUCUAUCUUCAGUGUAAAGGGCGUUCAUCUGAGUCAUGAAUCAAGAACUACGUUCAAGUGUUAA